AUGCAAUCGCGACCCUCACCGGAUAUUACGCCGAUUUCCGAGUAUCCCUUGCAGGAGAUUGGGUCGCAGUACAAGGAUGAUGCCCGCGACAGCGAUGAGUUAAGCUUGGACUUCGAAAUAGGCGAUGUGCCUCUUCUGCCCUCGGAAGGCCGUGACAUGGAGGCUCAAUCGGAGAAAUUCGAGCGCGACCCGCCGUUUUCUUGUACGCCCUCGGGAUUUUGUGCAUGGCUCCGCGGGCCGACCCCGGCGCACAUCUAUCACAUUAACCCUCGGUUCCCUCGUUUACAGUCUGCGCCGGCGCACCUGAUUGAUGAGAAAUUUCCCCGUAGAAGUUCAAAAAUCGCGCUCCUUUUUGGUGGUUUAAUCUUUUGGAUUGUCGUGUUCUUCGCGUCCUUAAAAGCUUCUGUCGCGGGCCAAGAUGCUCCGGGGUAUGGGCAGCCCGUUAAGCUGUCCUGUCACCAACGCUUAUGGAGAAAUGCCACGAAUUGUGGACUGAAUGGUGAUCUUUGUCGCCCAUUCGAGGACCAAUCCUUCGCGUUCCGCUGCCCCUCUGGCUGUGCGGCGGCGAUCCUCCUGGAACCAUACGUUGUUGGGGAUCAGGAGCUCAAUUACCGACCGUUAGUCGUGGGAGGUAAGCCAUCCAAAGUGGAUAGUCACAACAGCGGCACUUAUCGCGGCGAUUCGUCAAUUUGCGCGUCAGCACUGCAUGCAGGUCUAAUCGAUGAUGCGAGGGGUGGAUGUGGCAUCCUGCACCGUACCGGCGAACAGAAAGGCUUCCAUUCUAUCAUGCAGAAUGGAAUUGAAAGUAUCGAGUUUCUCUCGAGUUUCCCGAUGUCAUUCCGUCUCGGUAAUGAAGCGUCAUCCCCAGACUCGAAGGAGACAAAACCAAUCAAAUGCUCUGAUGCCCGUUGGUCGCUAUUCGCCUUCACAUUGAUCUGGACUACCAUCUUGUCAUUGGUUGUGACAUCGGCACCUGCGUUCUAUUCCAUGAUAUAUUUCAUUGUCUGGUUCCAAGUCGCGAUGGCGUCCGAUCCGCCCUCGAUUGGGAGCUAUUAUGACCUCGUGUCAAUUGCGCUCGGUCGAUUCCUGCCUGGCGCAUUUGUGGGAUUCGUGCUGUAUUACUUCUGCGUCAGGCACACGCUUAACAAUUUGGAUGCACACUGGGACAAGACUGUCCUGUGGCUGGGCGGCUGCUGGGUUGGCGCCCUGAACACAGACACAUUCGAUCGCAUUCCAAUAUCUCGCCUCACGCCCCACGAUAUCCAGCAGCAACCGGGUGCUCUCACAGCUCUCAUCGUUUUAGUUGGGUCUUUGAUCGCAAUCGCCUUUGGUCAAGCACAUUGUUUCCGUCGCGAGGGUCGCUUCUUCCCUACGAUAAGCAUAUACGGUGUCCUUCUUGCAGUUGUUCUCAUUCUUGUCGCUGUUCCGCAUAUGAACCUACGCAUCCACCACUAUAUUCUUUCUCUUCUCUUCCUACCUGGAACAACUAUGCAAACUCGGCCCAGUCUCCUAUACUCGGGUAUCCUUAUUGGUCUGUUUAUAAACGGCAUCGCUCGCUGGGGCUUCGAUUCGAUCCUUCAAACCCCAGGCGCUCUCCUUGAUGGUGCCAAACUUGGUACCGUUCCACCAAAGAUAUAUCCUCCUUCCUUGACGGAUGCGAACAAUCUUGUCUUCUCGUUCCCGGACCUCGAGCCUCAUGCUGAUGGCCUCAGUGUCUUGGUCAACGACGUCGAGCGCUUCCAGGUUUUCCGGCCUAAGGAUAGCCAGCCUCUGCCAGAUUUCACUUGGUCUCGUACGUAUCCCAACGAGUUGGAGUAUUUCCGCUUUGGACUCGUUCACACCAAUGCUUUGGGCGGUCUUUGGUAUGAAGACUUUUCUCCACCUGCCGUUUGGGGCGCUAAUGGUAAUUUUGUUUUCCCUGAUCCUGAGAUCUCCGAGGAUCCUGAAACCGAAACCGAAUAG